AAUGGUGACACUUCAUUAUUCACUCAUCAAUAACGUUAACUUCUCUCUCUAUCGAUGACAUAUACAAAAUAUACACACUCAAACCCAACUGGCAACUUUGAUUGAUUUCAUAUACAGAUAAAAUAAGAUGGGGGCUCAACCAUUUAGCAUACGACAAAAUACAUUUCGUUUUUCUUCUACUUAUAUACUAACUCAUUUCACUCUAAUUAUUUCUUAGUAUUUUCUUUCUGAUUUUUUUGAGUUCAUAAGUUUUUAGGGAGAGAAAAUGAAUAUGUCAGCUUCUCAUUGCAGCAGUAGUGGGUGUGAAUCUGGUUGGACGUCGUAUUUAGAUCAGUCUGUUCUUUCGAAAAAUCAGUAUCAGGGUUUUGAUGGAAAUAGUAACUAUUCAAAAGUUAAUGAUGAUGACGGUGGUGGUGAGGAGGAUUUAUCCAUGGUUUCAGAUGCAUCAUCUGGACCUCCACAUUACUGUGAAGAUGGUGAACAGUGGUGUUUUGAUCAGUUUGCUAGCAACAAGAAGAAUAAAAAUAAAAAGAAGAGCGGUAGAAGCCAACUUCAAUUUUCUUUUCUUGAUGAUACUGCUAGUUCUCCUGUUUUAAACAAGAAAAUAGGAGAUAAGGAUAAUGAAGCUUCACAGGGAUUUUCAGCAACACAUUACAAGGAAAAAUCAUCACUCAAGAAGCAUUUUGGAUUCUUCAAGUCAGAAAAAUCAGCAUCAAAAGAACCAGGUGGAAGAAAAUGGAAAUGAUAAAUACUAGUGAUUGGUUCAUUUUGUAAUUUCUGCCACUUCAGUUGAAACGGAAGCAAGGAUGAAAAAGAAAGAAAAAAAUAAAAAAAUGAAAAUAGAUCUCUGAGGGAUUUUGUUCCUUUCUUUUUUAUUUUUGUUCACUUCUAAAAUUCUACCAUUUUUGUAUGUAUUCUGUUGUCAAUGAAGUGGGAAACAGCCUGAAAAUUCUAAAAAAAUGAUUAAAAUUAAUAAAGCUUUUUAACUCUCUCCCUCCCGAGCA